AUGGGUCUUUUAGCUCUCGGUACCCCCCUUGACUGGCCGGACGCAAAGAAGGUCGCCGGCAAGGUGCGCGAAUGGGGCAUCGAGCAACUGCUAGCCACAUGGCGCCGCGCCGAGGGCAAGGAGCGCGAUGCCAUGCUCUGGGGUGACGAGGUCGAAUACCUGGUAGUCGCCUACGAUGACGAGAACCGCAAGGCGAAGCUGUCCCUGCGCCAGGCAGACAUCCUGGCUGCCCUGGCUUCCGACGAGAAGCUGCUGGAAGAGGGCGGCGGCGUGCCGGAUAUGCAGGAGGUCGAGACCAAGAAGGGAGACACGGCCCCGGUAUUCCACCCCGAGUUCGGUCGAUUUAUGCUUGAAACGACGCCCGGUAAACCAUGGGGCAUCGGCUUUAAGGAUCUUCUCGAUGUUGAACCAAACAUGAAACGCAGACGCGUCAUAGCAAAGGAGCACAUGGACCCUGCCGAGGCUCCCAUCACCAUGACUACCUUCCCGCGUCUCGGCCUGGGAGAGUACAUUACUCCCUACUACCCUCCCUCCGGUCCUAAGCUUCGCUCCCAAUAUGUCCCGGAUGAGAUCGCGAAUCCACACAUUAGAUUCCCUACCCUUGCCGCAAACAUAAGGGCUAGGAGAGGGCGGAAAGUCGAGAUCAACGUGCCAGUAUUUAGAGACGAGCGCACACCUUGGCCGUUCCACGAUCCUACCGUUAACUACGACCUGCACAACUGGCCUGAAGAUGAUGACGUCCGCAACGGCGCCGCUAAGGAAAACCACAUCUACAUGGAUGCGAUGGCUUUUGGUAUGGGAAGUUGCUGUUUGCAGAUUACUUUCCAGGCCAAGAAUAUCGAAGAAGGCCGGAAGAUGUACGAUCAGCUGAGCCCUCUUGGGCCAAUCUUGCUUGCUUUGACUGCUGCUACGCCAAUCUACAAGGGCUUCCUGGCCGACACCGACGUGCGAUGGAACCAGAUCGGCAAAUCUGUGGACUGCCGCACAGCAGAGGAGCUCGGAGAGAAGCCGUUGAAGAACGACCGCUGGCGGAUCCCAAAAUCGAGAUAUGCGUCUAACUCAACUUACAUUGCCCAGGACUCGCGGCUUCGUAAGGAGUACUUGGAUCCAGAGCUCAUCAUUGAUCCGGCACUCAAGCAACGCCUGGUUGAAGGUGGCAUGGAUGAUUUGCUUGCAACUCAUUUCGCGCAUCUUUUUAUCCGCGACCCGAUCGUCGUUUUCAACGAAGAUCUGCAGGAGCUUGACCUGAAUAAGGUGGACCACUUUGAGAACCUGCAAUCGACCAACUGGCAACACAUGCGUUUCAAACCCCCGCCGCCCGGCAGCGACAUCGGCUGGCGUGUCGAAUUCCGGCCAAUGGAGAUUCAGCUGACAGACUUUGAGAACGCCGCAUUCAGCAUCUUCAUUGUGUUGAUCACCCGUGCCAUUUUGUCAUACGACCUGAACUUCUACAUCCCGAUUGCGAAGGUUACCGAGAAUAUGGAGACGGCUCAUGCGCGCGACGCUGUUAAUUCCCGCAAGUUUUACUUCCGCAAUGAUCCCUUCUCUCCCCGUCCGACUACGGUCAACGGCAGCAAGCGUGGUAGUGGCACCGCCUCGCCUGCUGUGGAUAGUGGCGCAUCUACCCCUCCGCUUGGACCUGUCGAUAGCGAGUACAGCCUCAUGACUGUCGCCGAGAUCAUCAAUGGUCAGCCCACGACCAACGGCUUCCCUGGUCUGAUCCCGAUUGUCGAGUCGUAUCUCGACAGCAUGAACGUUGACGUUGAGACGCGGUGCGAGCUCGCUCGUUACCUUGACUUGAUUAGGCGUCGUGCCGAUGGCACGCUCUGGACUGCAGCAAAGUGGAUCCGUCACUUCGUGGAUAAGCAUCCGAAGUAUGAGAAGGACAGUUCUGUCACCGAGGACAUCCAGUACGACCUUGUUAAGGCGGUGGAAGAAAUCACUGAGAAGGAGGGCAGGGGUGUUUUUGGAAAAGAGAUGUUUGGAUCUAGGAGAUAG